AUGUAUAUAAGCAGAGUAGAUCGCCACGAAGAUCGCCUUCCAAUCCACUGUAAUCCGAAUAAGAAGAUGAGCACCUUCGCCUUCCUUGCAUUGGCUGCCUUGUUCAAUGCCGUCUCGGCACAUGGUCAGGAAAAAACCUUAUCCACAGCAUUCCGACUGGCUUAUAACUCUUCAAAACGUAAGCCCCGUUUAGAAUACGGCUUCGGCUACGGUGAAUACGGCGCUGGACACCAUGGACACGACCAUGAUUCGAAGUAUGGCACUGGCUACACCAAAGGAUUUGACACGGGAGGUUAUGGAGACUACGGCAGUCACAAGUACGGUGGAUGGGGAAGUUACGCCAAGGGGAAAGAGCAUGGAUCGUACUACGGUAAAUCUUUGAGCGUAUAUUAA